AUGCAAAUUGACAUAAAAGAUCUCGCAAAUUUAUGCAAAAAUAUUAUAAAAAAUCCAGAAAGCAAUUAUAAAAAGAUUAAAGCAAUUUUAAAUACCAAGACAGAAAGUGAAGAAGAGAAAUCUUUGAUUUUUGUAUCUGUUUUUAAAGUGUUUAAGAGUAUCAUUCCUCUUUACAAAAUAAGAACUUUAAAAGAUAAAGUUAAACAGAAGAAAGAUGAUUUAGAAAUAACUAAAAAUGAUAAAAAUUUACUAAAAGUGUAUUCUACAUUUAUAAAUCAAAUAUGCAGUGAUACAUCAUAUACGUCAUUUUAUGUUGCCACACAAAUCCUAGAUUAUUUUGAACAUUUUAAUUAUUUAGAUGUUAUUGUUAAAAAAGUCCUUAAAGGUACUCUAAAAAACAAUAAAAUUUCUGAAAUGUGUCUUUCAACCAUUAAGAAAAAGAUUGAUAACGAUAUUAAUGGUGAACUUGUUUUUUAUAUUGUCAACCAAAUGUACGAAACACCAUUUUCACCUGACGCAUUAGCUUUACUUCUUAACAUUAAUCUUUUAAAAGAAUUUUUAGUUAAUGAGGGCAAACCUAAAAAAGAUAGGUUUUUUAAAACUACUAGGUCUUUUAAAAAAGAAGAAAGGAAGAUGGAGAAAAAGAGACGUAAAAUAGAAGAAGAAAGAAGGAAAGAAGAAACUUAUGAAGAAAAACAAGAUGGAUUUGUAAUUCAUAGGAAAAUAAUUGAUGGAUUACAAAGAUUAUAUUUUCUAAUCUUGAGAGACAAAAUUAAACAAAAAUUUAAACACACUUUUAUUGGAAUUAGAAAAUAUAAAAAAUAUAUAAGACAAGAAUUUUACGAAGGAUUAUAUAUUUUAUUGAAUGAUAGUUUAAAUUUAAGUAAUUAUGAAGAGAAGUUGUAUUGCAUUUUGACUAUAUUGGAUAUUUAUGAGUCAUAUAGAUAUGAUUUUAAAAAUUUAGUCCAUGCACUUUUUAAUAUAAUUUAUCCUUUUAAUGCAAAUAUUGGCAAAUUGAAAAUGCUACUAAUAGAGCAAGUUAUAGAGCAUUUAUUUAUUAAUAUAAAGCAACCAAUAAAAAGAGUACAUAUUAUUUUAGAAAAAUUAUUACUUUUUGCAUGUAUCAGAUACAAUCCUGUUUUAAGUAGAAUUAUUAAAAAAUUGGGGUCUUUUUAUGACGUAGAUUUCUUAGAUAAAUUUAAAUUUAAUGACAAUUUAGACCUAAAUGAAGAAUUUGAUAAGAAAGAAAUAGAUCUGGUUGAAAUACGACCCUUAUACUGUUUUGAAAUAUUUAAAAAAAUAUUGUAA